AUGUUUCUCUUCCUUGUUGCUUUUUUGCCAGUGUUUUUUAAAAUUGGUUUUGUCAGCCUCUCAGCUUUGCAGCACUGGAACUGUCCUAAUGGAUACAGAUUAAAGACUGAAAACUCUGCUUGUGUAGAUAUCGAUGAAUGCCUUGAAGGAGGUUUGGGAACCUGUGGCCAAACCUGUAUCAAUGUUCCAGGGUCCUACAUCUGCUCCUGUUUGCCUGGCUACACUUUGGAUAUUGACAAACGGUCUUGCUAUGUGAAUGACCCUGCACCAUUCCUACUUUUCAGCCAUGGAAGUGCCAUCUUUAGAGUUGACACUGAAGGGACUAAUCAUGAGAGAUUGGUGGCUGAUACUGGUCAGUCAACGCUUAUGGAUUUUCAUUACGCCGAAGAGAAAGUGUAUUGGGUAGACUCUGAAAGGCGACUGUUUCAAAGAAUUCACCUGAAUGGCACAAAACAAGAGAGACUAUGUUAUAUAGACAAAGGCAUUUCAGGAUUUGCUAUUGACUGGAUAAAUCAAGACAUUCUCUGGGCCAAUAGACAGAAAGCAACUAUAGAAGCAACAGACAUGAACGGGAAGAAACGACGAGUUCUUCUACGAGAUGCUGGUCAUCCCACAAGGAUUACCAUUGAUGCUGAGCAAAGGUUAUUAUUUUGGUCUUCAGACAGUACAGUUUCGAGCAUAAACCGAGUGUCCCUCAGUGGAAGUGCUGUGAGAAAUGUUUUAAGAACCACAUUAAAAAUAAAGGCCAUCUCUCUAGAUUUGGUUGAUACAAGGCUCUACUGGAUCCAACAUGAACACAUGAAAGAGAUUUCCCACAUUGGAUCAUGCAACUAUGAUGGCGGAGCUGUUCGUUUGCUCAAAAAUUCUGCCCAGCAUCAAUUGCUUGGUUUGUCUCUCUUUGCUGAUCACCUGUACUAUUCAGAGUUGAAAUCCGGUAUGAUAUGGAGAGCCAACAAGUAUACUGGAAAGGUUGUAGUCACAAUUAGCCUGAAGUCAUUAUUUUUUUCACCAGUGGAGAUAAAAGUAGUGCAUCCCUUUAAACAGCCAGGUACAAGAACAGAUUCUCAAGAUUUUGAAAAAGGAACCUGUGAUUUGAACAAAGAAAAGUGUAGAAGAAGAAUUUGCAGGCCAGACUCAAGGACUCAUCGGUGUAAAUGUUCUAGUGGCUUUAUUUUAAGUAGAAAUAAACAGUUUUGUGAAGAUAUCAACGAAUGUGGCUUCUGGAAUCACGGCUGUACUUUGGGCUGUGUCAACAUCCCUGGUUCCUAUUACUGCACCUGCCCCAGAGGUUUUGUUCUGCUGCCUGAUAGGAAAACAUGUCAUGAGCUAAUUUCCUGUAAAAGUAACAACACGGAAUGUAGCCAUGGUUGCCUUCAAACAUCUAAAGGGCCUGUUUGUUUUUGCCCUGAAGGAUCGGUACUCAAAGUGGAUGGCAAAGCAUGCACGGGUUGUACAUCUCCAGAUAAUGGUGGCUGUAGUCAAAUAUGUUCUUCUUUAAGUCCGUUCUCCUGGGAGUGUGCUUGUUUUCCUGGAUACAAGCUUCAGCGAGACAGAAAGCACUGCACUGCUGUAGGUCCUAAGCCAUUUUUGUUAUUUGCAAAUGGUCAAGAUAUCCGCCAGAUCAGUUUUGAUGGAACAGAUUAUGUGAGUUUACUUGACUGGCAGAUGGGAAUAGUCUUAGCUCUGGACUCUGACCCAGUGGAAAAUAAGAUUUAUUUUGCCCACACUGCCUUGAAAUGGAUAGAACGAGCUAAUGUGGAUGGCUCAAAUCGUGAAAAAGUUAUUCAUGAAGCUAUAGAUAUACCUGAAGGCCUUGCUGUGGACUGGAUUAACCGUAAAUUGUAUUGGACAGACAGAGGGAAGGCAUGCAUUGAACGGAGCAAUCUGAAUGGAAUGCAAAGAAAAAUGAUCAUCUGGGAGGAUAUCUCCCAGCCCCGAGGGAUUGCCAUUCACCCGCUUGCAAAGAGAUUAUUCUGGACUGACAUGGGUGUCAAUCCCCGGAUUGACAGCUCUUCAUUGGAAGGCAUUGAUCGCCAGGUUAUAGCCAGUACUCGUCUGGUGUGGCCCAGUGGAGUAGCUCUUGACUACUUAGCCAACAAGUUGUACUGGUGUGAUGCUAAGCAGUCAGUGGUUGAGAGCGCAAACCUGGAUGGUUCUGGACGUCGAAUUCUUGCACAGAAUGAUGUAGGCCACCCUUUUGAUGUAGCAGUGUUUGAGGAUCACCUUUGGUUUUCUGACUGGUCUAGGCCAUCACUAAUGAGGGUGGACAAGAAGACCGGCCAAAACAGGGUACGUCUUCAAGGCAGCAUGCUGAGACCCUCAUCAAUGGUUGUAAUUCAUCCUUUGGCGAAACCAGGGGCAAAUCCUUGCCUUUAUGAGAAUGGAGGUUGUGAUCAGAUCUGUGAAAACAAUUUUGGAGUUGCCCAGUGCAUGUGCCAUCCAGGAUAUGGGAAAACUCAAGAUGGAAAAGCCUGUCAUGCUCUGGAUGCUUCCAACACAACAGCAGGAAGUGUCUCUGUGCAAAAGGAGGUAGUGCCGAUGCCAACACCAGAGACCUUGCUCCAGAGCACACAAAGCAGUGGGAUAUUCAAGGAUACGGACAGUGAGGAAAAGCAUAAAAUAAACAUUUUGUUGAUGGCUGAAAUCAUGGUAUCAGAUCAAGAUGACAGCACUGCACUAGAAUGUGGUAUCAAUGCACAGUGUGUUUUGCUGGAAGAUGGUGCUAUGUGCCAGUGUUUGAAAGGAUUUACCAGGAAGGGGAAAUCAUGCUAUGAUAUUGAUGAGUGUGCUGUACACAUGGACCACUGUAAUCGAAAUGUGUCGAGCUGCAUCAAUACAGAAGGGGGCUAUGUCUGUAAAUGCCUGGAGGGCUAUACUGGAGAUGGAGUCCAUUGCUACGAUAUUGAUGAGUGCAAGAUUGGGACUCACACCUGUGGAGAGAACAUAACCUGCACAAAUACAGAAGGAAGCUUCACUUGCUUGUGUGCUGAUGGUGCUCCUGGAACUGGCAUGGUUUGCGGAUCUACUGUGUCCCCUACUGUUAUCAGCAAAGAAUAUAGUACACGCCCUGUGCAAGGUGAUAUUUUAGGAUGCCCCCCUUCCUAUGAUUCAUACUGCCUCCAUGGUGGAGUGUGCAAUUAUGUUUCCGAUCUACAAGACUAUGCCUGCAACUGUGUGACAGGCUAUGUCGGGGAGCGGUGCCAGUUCAGUGAUCUGGAGUGGUGGGAGCAGCAGCAUGUCGAGCGGGUGAAGAUGCGGAACAUCACCAUUGUCGUGUGCGUGGCAGUGCUGGUCCUCCUGCUCCUGCUGGGGUCCCUGGCUGUCUACUGCCACAGGAGUCAAAACUUGUAUAAGAACAAUCUCUAUGCAGAAGCGAUAAGAGAUGCCAGCAGCAGCACUGACAAUGAGAACUUGACGCCUACUAACAAGUCUCGGUUUGCGGUUGUUAAGGAGUCUAACAGUUCUCUGGAGACUAAAGCAGUUGAUCUUAUUGAGUGUGAGACAACAAAUUCUCAUCCUGCCUGUCCUUCAGAAUAUGUAGAAGGACACCCUAUAACAUACGACAAAGCAGCAGAGACUUCGGCAGAAGGGAAGACAGAACAGGGUCAUCGACAAGAGGUUCCUGUUGGUGGGAAAUUUCGUCAACCCAUGGGAGCAGAGAAGGGCUCUCCCCAGGCUCCUUGGAGCAUUCACCCCAAGCCCCUGCUGGAAAGGGAGCCCUGCAAGCUUGCCCCAGCCAGCUUGCUGAUGCAGCCGGACUAG